AUGGACAUCGACGGCGAGGGGCUCUUGUUGGAGCGAGUGUUGGAAUGGAUGAUAAUCGGUUUGGUAGGGUCCAUCAUUGUUUCGGCUUGGCUCUUGAUUCCUCCCAUUCUGCGGCCCACAGUCAUUGCGUACCCAUGGAGAAUGCCAGAAUCGUACUCGUAUCGUGAGCGAGACAAGACCCGGACUGUAGUGCUAGCUGGUUCCUUUAACCCUCCCCACUUUGGGCACCUGGCCAUGCUUGAAUAUCUUUCCAAGAGGUACAAGCAAGUCAUUGUUGUAAUCGGGAUAAAUCCGAACAAGAUCUAUGCGGUAACACCUGCUCAGAGAGUGGAACUACUGCGCAAAAUGCUACAGGUGAAGAAGCUCGAUAAGAAUAUUCGCGUAGAAGUCUACGCUGGCUAUAUCUGGAGAUAUGCAAGGCAGCAAGGGGCAACAAUAUUCUUUCGGGGAAUUCGUAGUUGGGAAAGGGACGGAAAAGAAGAACGGAGUCUGCAAAUACUUAACACUUGGGGCCCACUCGUUUGUGGACCGUUUGUUUGGCCAUUGCCGACAAUUUUCCUUGAAGGAAAGCCAGAAUACAACCAUAUAUCUUCCACUUUAAUUCGAGAUCUUACCAAGGAUAUGGCAGGCACAGAGUCUGAGCACGUGGAACAGUCCUUACAGGAUCUGGUGCCACCCGAAGUGGCCAAGGAAUUGUCGGAACUGUACUCCAAAGAAGCCAAGAAAGCAAGCUAA